CUGUGAUCUCGUCUUAGCGUGUGCGCCUGCUCGCUACCACCACAGCUUGGCAGUAGGCCUCGUCCGUCGCGCCUCUCUUCCCGCCCACGUGAACGACGCGAGGCGGAAAGGGCCUGGCGUCGAGACUCGAGACGGACGGGAGUGGAUCCAAAGUGGCAAAUGGGCGGGAGAGCGGCGCGAGGCGGCAUACAUUCACAUCUUCUCUCCUUACCAAUUCCAGUUCUCUCUUCCUCACCAUUGCCGUCACGCUGGGGCGAUACGUCGCAGACUAGCCCCUGGUAGUCCUCAUCCGCUGCGAUCAUGCGGCGCAGCGUCAUCCUAGCUGCCAUCCAAGGCAACGCGGGCGGCGAUGCCGACGCGUCUUCAUCCUCGUCGUCCACGCCGAAGGGCAUGAUACCCCGCUCUGCACCCUCUUCGAGCUCUUUGGCGGCACGCAAUGCCACAGGUGGCGGCUUCGGCGCUCUACUGAAUUCAAAGCCUUUCAAGACGCCCUUCGCAAAGCCAGCAGUCAGAGGUGAUGAGGGCGGCCGUAAGAGGAAGCGCAUCAGCUACAAAGGUAUGGGUGGAGAGGGAGGCAGUGAUGGUGAAAGCGACGACGGCGAAGGUGCUUUGAACGGGAGGGAGGCAGCCUACAAGAAGUCAAAGAAGGGCAAAGACCUCGAGGGCAUGUACAAGGGCAUAGACGCACAAGGUGUCUCGCUCAACGUCGACAAUCGCAAAUGGGCUGUCUUCAAGCCCAAAGUGGGCAUGCUCAAGAACCGGUUCAGUCUGCCUACCAUCAAGACGAAGGACGGCAAAGUAGUCGAGACGUCGCUCAGUCAUGCUGCAUUGGGCACCCGCCGUGCCAUCGAGAUUCCACCUCGCCCCCUGUACGACCCGAUGGGUGAGCAUGCAAUUGUCCUCUUUGACCCGACGGUCGACGACUCAGAGGCAGAGAAGGAGAAGAUUCGCCUACAGCAAGAGCAGGCAGCGAGGGAAGAUGAAGCCAAAUCGCAGGCAUCAGGAGGGAUGCACAAGUCGCUCGCCUCCAUCCUCGGCCUCGACAAGAAGAAGGCCAAGAUCGUAGAGAAGGUGCCCGUCGUCAUCGACCCGCGACUGGGCAAGGUGCUGCGACCUCAUCAGAUCGAGGGAGUCAAGUUCCUCUACCGCUGCACCACUGGCCUCGUCGACGAGAAGGCUGCAGGCUGCAUUAUGGCCGACGAGAUGGGACUGGGCAAAACACUUCAAUGCAUCGCUCUCAUGUGGACGCUCCUCAAGCAGUCACCUCUUCCCGGCAAGCCCACGAUCGACAAGUGCAUCAUCGUCUGUCCCUCAUCCCUCGUUCGCAACUGGGCCAAUGAGCUAGUCAAGUGGCUCGGCAGCGCUGCACCCGGCACUCUUGCGCUCGACGGCAAGCUCAGCAAAGAUGAGAUGAUUACCGCCGUCCACCGAUGGUCCGCAGCCAAGGGUCGCGCCAAUGGCCAGCCGGUCAUGAUCGUAUCGUACGAGACGCUCCGCAACUUGACAGAGGUUCUUGGUCAGACCGAAGUUGGUCUACUGCUUGCCGACGAGGGUCAUCGCCUCAAGAAUGCCGACUCGCUCACAUUCACCGCACUCAACAUGAUCAAGGUCAAGCGUCGAGUCAUCCUCUCUGGCACACCUAUCCAGAACGACCUCUCCGAGUACUUUGCCCUUCUGUCCUUCGCUAUCCCCGACCUCCUCGGCGGCAAGGCAGAGUUCCGUAAGAACUACGAGAUCGCUAUCCUCAAGGGUCGAGAUGCUCUGGCAUCUGACAAGGAGAAGGAGGUCGGCAACGCCAAACUCAAGGAACUUGCCGGCCUGGUGCAGAAAUUUAUCAUCCGCCGUACCAACGACUUGCUUUCCAAGUACCUCCCUCACAAGUACGAGCAUGUCGUCUUCUGCAAAAUGGCUCCCUUCCAACUGGACCUGUACCGCCUGUUCAUCCGCUCGCCCGAGAUCAAAAAGCUUCUUCGCGGCACGGGUUCGCAGCCGCUGAAAGCCAUCAACAUCCUUAAGAAGCUCUGCAACCAUCCCGAUCUCCUCAAUCUCGACGAAGACCUGCCAGGCAGCCGCGAUCUUUGGCCGGCCGAGUACAACCCUCGCGAUCGCCGCGUUGUGCACACCGAAUACUCGGGCAAGAUGAUGGUCCUUGAGCGCUUCCUGCACACAAUCCGCGCCACGUCCAAGGACAAAAUCGUCCUCAUCAGCAACUAUACCCAGACCUUGGACGUCUUUGAGCGCAUGUGUCGCAACAACCGCUGGGGUAACUUCCGUCUCGACGGAACUAUGGCUAUUACCAAGCGGCAGAAGCUCGUCGACCGAUUCAACGACCCAGAGUCGCCUGAGUUCAUCUUCCUGCUCAGCUCCAAGGCCGGAGGAUGCGGUAUCAACCUCAUCGGGGCGAAUCGCCUCGUCCUCUUCGACCCGGACUGGAACCCCGCAGCAGACCAGCAAGCCCUCGCCCGUGUCUGGCGUGAUGGACAGAAGAAGUCGUGCUUCGUGUAUCGCUUCAUUGGCACGGGUGGUAUUGAGGAGAAAAUCUUUCAGCGUCAGAGCCACAAGCAGGCCCUCUCGGCCUCAGUGGUUGACUGCGCAGAGGACGCCGAGCGACACUUCUCUGCUGGCGACUUGAAGGAGCUCUUCGAGUUCAAGGACAACACCGACUCUAAUACGCACGACACGUACAAGUGCAAGCGAUGCGUUGAUGGGAGGCAGAAGAUCAAGGCGCCUGCACUGCUCUACAAUGACGCGUCGACGUGGAACCAUCUGAGGCCGAGCGAGUUUGGGCAGCUUCAUGACGAUCUGUUGAGGGCAGAGCAGGCCUUUGAUCAGGUGAGCUUCGUGAUGCAAUACUGCUCGCACUGAGUGGGGUAGCGAUCAGACGCAAGAAGGCGACGACGGGACAGGAGGUUGGAGAAGGGAGACAAGCUUGCCUGUGGAGGGAGAGACAUACAGCGCCACACAGGCGUGAAAGACAGCGAUCACCCAAAUGUACCAAUAGAGACCCAGCUGGCGCUUGCGCCGCGGUUCAAACAGUCAACUUGAUGACCAUCACAUAGC